AUGAGAGCAGCGUUUGAAAAAGACAAUGAGAAUAAUGUUCUCAUAUUUUUGCAUUUUUAUUUUGAUGAAACCUCGGCCUUAAGCAUGUUUUUUUCGUUUUGCUUUUUUAUUAUUUCAAUUAUUUUAGAAUUGAAUGCAUCAGUGAACAUGCUUCUGUUUUGGGGAUAUCCAGCUUCUGAUACAAAGUUCUGUGAACCACAGUUAAAAACUAGUACUUUCAAUAGUUGUAUUGACCUAUGUUUAUCUGAAACUUAUUGCAUGCUCGCUUUCGGAAAUGACAGCUCUUGUACGUUAUGCGACAUAUAUGCUGUAAACAAAAUCACACAGUCAAACUCUAUUACAAAUAUAAAAACUGCAAUUAAAGUAGAUUCUCAAUUCCAGUGCCCAAAAAAUAUGACAAUAAACCAAUACAAUUACACAAAUGGAUUUAACAACUACAAAGCUAAAUAUUCAGCACCUACUUGGACAAUAUCUUACGACAAAAAUUGCUUAAAUACCGAUUUUAGAAUGUUUCCAAGACCAGUUGGUGCAUUUUAUUUAGCUGUGCUACCGUCAGUUGGAAAUAAAAUAAAAUCUACAUCGUUCUGUAAAAAUUUAAGUUCCAGUUUGGAUAUAGCUGGAAUGCAAUCUAAGAAAGAAUUUGAUUAUGUUCUAAAAACCGCUAAAUUUAUAACCGGCUACACACCAGACUAUCAAUAUACUACUGUAUGGCUCAGUGGAACAAUGAGAUCGGCAUGCCAAACAAGUCCAAUACCUUCUGGAUGUGAUGGUUUGAAUGCAUUUUCUGGAUUUCCUUAUCAGGAUAACUUUGACGUUUACCAGUUUGCUCCUGGUUACCCAUACAUUGCAAAAACAUCAGCACCCAGAAGUUUGCAAUUAUUGUAUGCACAAACGGAAAGUGAACUCGAGGGAAAAGUUAGUGACGCAUACAGUGAAUAUGUUUGUGAUGGUCAAAACCCCGCAGUCAUCUGUGUUUUCUCCUUCACGUGCGGAGGCCUCGCAAAAUGA